UGGGGCUGUCAGGUGGCGGGAUGGAACAACACAGUGGUUCAGCUGCAGGCAAGCGGAUCCGUAAGCCUUCACAGAUAUACGAGGACUUUGAGAGCCCCUCACUGCUCCAUGCUUUUCCCCAGGGGCCUCCUGCCCCACCGCAGCCUCUUGUCAAGGACCCAAGCCGGCAGGGCCGCAUGACCAACCAGCUGCAAUACCUCCAGAAAGCCCUGAUGAAAUGUCUGUGGAGACACCACUUCGCCUGGCCCUUCCACGAGCCAGUGGAUGCUUACAGGCUCAACUUACCAGAUUAUCAUAAGAUCAUCAAGCAGCCCAUGGACAUGGGGACCAUCAAGAAGAGGUUGGAAAAUAACUACUACCGCAGUGCCAGUGAGUGCAUGCAGGACUUCAACACCAUGUUCACCAACUGUUACAUCUACAACAAGGUCACAGAUGACAUUGUGUUAAUGGCCCAAUCUCUGGAGAAGAUCUUCCUUCAGAAGGUGGCCCAGAUGCCUCAGGAGGAAAUUGAGUUGCCUCCUCCAGCCCCACGAACAAAAGCUGGAAAGGGCAAAGGCCGCAAGUCAAAUGCAUCAAGAGCCCCCCAGGUCCCGGCCGUGUCCCAGUCAGUGUACUCUCCUUCUUCCUCUGACACGGGAGACUCCAUGCUGGCAAAUUCUCCCCAGACGGUUCUCACCAAAAGUCUUCCCCCCGCCAACCUUUUGGGCCUUCCUCCAAUGCAACCAACAACCAAGAAGAAAGGAGUGAAGAGAAAGGCAGACACCACCACACCCUCCACCAUGGGCCUGCCAGUAGGCAUGUCCGGGGGGGCCCGCAUGGUGGGCUUGGGGAAGGGAGGCCACGGGGGCCAAGUCCACGAUUCCUCGCCACUCACCCUUUCCUCGCUGGGGGCCAUGAGUAUGGAAACUCCCCCAGGUAUGGGCCUGGUCAGGGGCCCUGCGGGGCCGGUGCUGCUUCAGCCCAUGAUGUCUGGCGCCGGACGCAGAGUAGGCAGCGGACGACCCAUUAAACCCCCAAAGAAGGACUUACCGGAUUCUGUCCAGCUCCAACCAUCACACAAAGGCAAACUGAGCCCACAACUGAAGUAUUGUAGUGGACUGCUUAAAGAAAUGUUGUCAAAGAAACAUGCAGCAUACGCCUGGCCUUUCUAUAAGCCUGUGGAUGCAACGGCACUGGGCCUUCAAGACUAUCACGAUAUCAUCAAGUACCCCAUGGACCUUAGCACCGUCAAGAGGAAGAUGGACUUUCGUGAGUACCGGGAAGCCCAGCAGUUUGCUGCUGACAUUAGACUGAUGUUCUCCAACUGCUACAAGUACAACCCACCUGACCAUGAUGUUGUGUCCAUGGCCCGCAAGCUGCAGGAUGUGUUUGAGUUCCGUUUCGCUAAGAUGCCGGAUGAGCCCCACAUGGAGCACCCAGUGAUGUCUAUGCGUGGCCAUCCUUCGUCCUCUUCCUCCUCUUCGUCCUCCUCGUCCUCCUCGUCUUCCUCCUCCUCAGAGAGUGAAUCCAGCAGCGAGAGUGAAGAGAGUGAGAGCAGCCCCAGUUCAGACAGCGAGGAGGAGCGAGCACACCGUCUGGCUGAGUUACAAGACCAGGUGUGCACACAGCUGCGAGCCGUGCACGAACAGCUAGCUGCCCUCUCCCAGGGUCCCAUUGUCAAGCCAAAGAAGAAGAAAGAGAAGAAGGACAAGAAGGAGAAGAAAAAGAAGAAGAAGCUGGAAAAGCGUAGCCGAGGGGUCAAAGGACGAGCCGAACUGGAGGAAUGGAAGAUGUCGGGCAAGUUGCUGAAGAGCAAGUCUGCCAGAGGUGGUGGCCCCCAAAGCAAGAGGGGUCCGGGGAAGAAGAGUAACAAGACUAGCAAGACUGCAAAGAAAGCGAUCUUUGCUCCACCGGCUGCCUCCAUUCUGCCCCACUACGACUCCGAGGAAGAGGAAGAGAUCGCGCCCAUGUCGUACGACGAGAAGCGCCAGCUGAGCCUGGACAUCAACAAGCUGCCCGGAGAGAAGCUGGGCCGUGUGGUCCACAUCAUCCAGUCGAGAGAGCCGUCGCUGAGGGACACUAACCCUGAGGAGAUCGAGAUUGACUUCGAGACACUCAAACCGUCCACACUGAAGGAGCUUGAGCGCUAUGUCAUGACCUGUUUGAGGAAGAAGCCCUGCAAACCUUAUGCCAAGCGAGCAAGCAGCGGAAAGUCCAAAGAGGAGCUGACUCUGGAGAAAAGGAGGGAGCUGGAGAGGAGGCUGCAGGAUGUGAGCGGUCAGCUCAACUCCACCAAGAAACCUCCCAAACCCAAAGCGGAGAAGCCCAUCAGCAUCGAGCCUCACACUCAGCCCUCUCAACUCAGCGGUGGCAGCAGUUCCAGCUCUGACUCUUCCUCCUCCUCAUCUUCCUCUUCUUCGGACACCAGUGAAUCGGACUCGAGUUAGGAGUCUUUCCGAAGUGAAUGAUACUCUAGUGGCCACCAUAGACCUCAAGGACAUGAGUCGGCCCAUGGCACACGAUGCAGCCUGAGACAGAAGCGGACGACGACGGCGUGAACACUCCUGGCAAACAACUGAGAAGAGGAGAGUGAAGAAUGAGGGAUGUAAGGGAAGGUCACCGUGGAUAAUCAUGGAGCCCUAAAUGCCUUUGUCUCCCCUGCUAUCUUGUUAAUACUUGUAUAAAUGUCUGGAAUUCUUUUAUAAAGAAUUUUACGUUGGCCCUGAAAGGAUGUCUGAACCAACCCCAGCCUCCGUCUUUGUGGCCCAGAUUGUUGUCAGUAACCUCAAGUCCAUUUUGGAGAAUGGUUGUAACCGUCAUGAAGUUGGCUCCCUAAAGGUUCCAGCACACGUCCUGAAAGAGGUUUUGCUCAGUUGCACUUGCACCCAAUGCUUCUUACUGAUAGUAUUCAACCAGUCAGGUCCUUGCUUCAAAGUUGUAAUACAUUUAGUUAUUUUUCAAUUUUUUUCUCUUAUUCCUUUUGAGGAAAAAAGUGCUCCUCUAAACUAAGAAGGUCUGCUGUACUGAGCUAUUAAAAUAUUCUGUCACAUAUAUUUUGGAGUCUUUUCAAAGACUCUUGUCAGUCGGAUGAUAGUUUACACCAUGAGUCUGCUUGAUUCAUGUAUACUGACGGUUAUUCUAGGUUAAAGAAUUCUCUUUGUAAUGAGUUUAAUACAUUUAAAUACCCACAAUCCAUUUUUUAACACUGCAGUCUUAAAAAGUAUGACGCUAAGCACUAUCUUCAUAUUGCUUUUUGUAAAAUUGUAAAAGUGUUGGGUUAAUCACACACCAUCAGUGACCUCAGGGUCUGGCGUUGUCUCUGUGAAUUAAACAUAAGGCAAUGACUCUGUCAGAAUACACUGUCGACCUAAUUUAGAUAUUCACCUGACCCGAUCAAUUUUAGUAUUGCAUUGCCGUUUCCAAAAACUGCAUUUAAUGGUUUGUUGCUUUCUAACUGACACUUAUGGAUAUUUGACAUUCGAUGGAAAAGGGAAGAUGUUCCCAUGGAGCUGUGAUACUCAACCAAUGUACCAUAGAGAGUCAUGUGUUUUCAUUCCGACCAAACACUCCAUCGUCUGAUUUCACUUGUUAGUCCUCCGCUGUCUGGUUGAAGAUGUGUUUUAGAGGAUUCAGCUCAUGUAGUUUUUGGCUGUAAUGAAAACCUACAUACUCACAAACCUCCAUGGUAGAUGGCUGAGUAUCACUGCCCCAGACAAAUUGGGUGUCUAAUCAGUACGGAAUCACUAUUGAGCAUACUAUGUUCAAACUGCACAUAGUUAAACAGUUUCUCACGAUGGCAUUAAUGAUCAUGUGAGUCAGUCUUUACCAUCACUUCUUUUUUACAUGUUGUCUUUCUUGUUUUAAGUCCAUUGUCUCUCCUGUCUUUAUCUUUUGCUCAAAAUAUUUGAUGGACAUUGCUCACCUGUGACUGACUGGAUUUUUGACCCCCAAAAGCAUACCUCUCAUUUGACAACAGUGUAUAAUAAAAUAAUCUCUUUGUAGGAA